UUUUUGAACGUAAAAUUUUUAACAAAUUUCCAACUGAUAAAAUAAAUUUUUAAACGAUGGUUGCCAAAACUUCUGGGCCUCAAUUAGAGCAACGAAUUCAGUGUAUAAAAUUUAUUAUUUUCUGCUUGAAUGCCAUUAUAUGGUUACUUGGGAGUUCAAUGUUUGGAUUAUGCAUGUGGUUAAGAUUGGAUCCAAAUUUCCAAGAAUGGGUCAGUUUCCUCGAGAUAUAUGAAUUUUAUAUCGGCAUUUAUAUCUUACUUGCGGCUUCGAUAUUUAUCGUGGUUAUCACAUUCAUCGGCUGUGGAGUUGCUCUUAUGGAACAUAUUCUUGGUCUCUACAUUUACGCAGGACUGCAAUUAUUUUCCUAUGUCCUCGGCUUGGUAGGAACUGCAAUUCUCCUCGAUUAUUCAACCUACGACAGUAAAAUUCAACCUCUUAUACGACGAUCUAUGACAGCUCUCAUUAAUAAUUAUCAAGAUCCAAAAGCAACGUACAUUCUGCAAUUAAUUCAAGAGAGCAUCGGUUGUUGUGGUGCCGAUGGUCCGAUGGAUUAUUUAACUUUGAAAAAACCGCUGCCCACCGAGUGUAGGAAUACAGUUACCGGAAAUGCUUUCUUUUACGGAUGCGUGGAAGAAAUUUCAUGGUUUUUGGAGGGCAGAUCGGGUUGGCUGGCUGGUCUAGCAUUGGCUCUAUGCAUGCUCCACAUAAUAAUAACAGCCCUUACUCUAACAUUGGUCCGAGCUAUUAAAAAGGAAGAACGAUAUAUCACAUUUAAACGUUAAUUUACAUUAAUUUAAUGGUAAUUUUCAUGUUCAUUGCACAUCACAUUUCAUAACAACGUGUAUUAAUGAUAAUGUAAUCCAUUCACCAAGCGAAUGGAAAUCUAAGUAAGGAAAAAAAAGAAAAAAAAAAAUAGACUGACGAAAUAUAACAAAUUUAAAACACUUUUUCCGAGAAAUAUCCGGAAUGGGUAUAAUGUACAAGAUAUUCCAUUUGAAAUUUUUGCAAUUAUCUAUCAAAUUUUUAAAUAGUGAAUUAUUUUGUUUCGACAUAAUUUGAUAUAAAUAGCUUAAUUUUGUUUUUUUUCUUUUUUUUUAAUUUUAAAUCAUAUAUUUUAAAUUUCACUCGAAAUAUUUUUGAAAUAACGAAUAGCUACGAUAGAUAAAUAAUUGCGUCCAAAAUUUCGAACGGAUGGAAAUUAUGUAGAAUAUUUUUUUUAACGCAAUUUAUAUUUUUAUUUUUACAAAAUAUAUAAUGUUCCAAAAAUGUGAGGACCAGAUAACCGAAGAUUCCCGAGAUAAUUUCAACGACUAAUAUUUUCCUUUGCAAAAAUUUUGCACAUUGGCCAAUCGAUUAAUUAAGUAAUCGAUAACAUAAGAAUAUUUGACGCGAACACGAACAAAUCCAACGAACAAUGUGUCGAGAAGAAUUGUCGAAUUAUUCAAAAUAAAUAAUUACUUUUCUAAUAAACGAUAAAUAAUAUUUACAAUAAUUACAAUAUAUAGAAGAUAUUCAUUCGAAUAGAAAGGAGAAUAGGAAGAGAGAGAGAGAGAGAGAGAGAGAGAGAGAGAGAGAGAGAGAGAGAGAGAGAGAGAGAGAGAGAGAGAGAACGACAAGAAGAAAAA